AUGUCGCUCCGAAUAGUUCAAGUCUGCGGCCUCUGGUUCUGGGUCGCCUUCAUCCUCUUCAUGAUGGUCCUCAUGCAGCAAUCCAAAACCCUCUUCCACAUCUCCUCCUCGCCACAACCGCUCCAGACCUCCUCCCCGCGAGUCCUCACCACCCACCAACGCAUGGCGCGCUCCGAAUCAUCCUGGCGCUCGUCCGUCGCGUUACGCCACGAGAUGGCCAUUGCGCAUCCGCAGAAUCCGCGCAUACCCCUCUUCCCAGCACAGCACAUGGAGGACUUUGGGAAGACGCCGUACACGCUCUGGGACUUCUUCCCCGCCUCGUGGACGUGCCCCCACGACAUCCAGCGCAUCGGUCGGCUCGGCGACGGCGGGAAAUGGGUCUGCGGCAUGUCCAUCUACGAGAGCAAGCCACGCCCGGCCGUCUCCAACACCCAUCUCCUGGCCUGGCCCGACACGGUCAUCUACAGCUUCGGCGUCAACGACGAGAGCACCUUCGAGGCGGAGAUGCUGGCCCGGAUCCCGUCGGCGCAGAUCUACGCCUACGACUACUCGGUCGAGCGCAUCGGCUCCCAGAUCCCGGCCGCGCACUCGGCCCGCGUGCACUUCCGGAAGGUCGGCCUCGGCGGCACCGACGAGCUCGCCAAGACGCCGCAGUUCCUCACGCUGGCGACCCUGAUGCAGCAGAACAAGCACGCCUACAUCGAUAUCCUGAAGAUCGACAUCGAGGGCGGCGAGUACGCCGCGCUCGACGCCUUCAUGGAAGCCUGCGACAAGACGGGGGUCAUGCCCGUCGGGCAGGUUAUGAUCGAGCUGCACCUGGUGGACGACGCGCACGUCAACUUUGAGCGCUUCACCAAGUGGUGGGAGCGCCUCGAGGACUUUGGCAUGCGGCCUACCUGGCUGGAGGUCAACCUGCUCGCUGUGACGCUGGGCGCUGGGAAGACGGACCCGCGGUGUGUGGAGUACGUGUGGGUUAAUGUUAAGGAUGAGAAGAGUAUUCUGUUGCAGGGAUAG